AUGCCGCGAUGUCCUAUCUGCUGGAAAGAAACCACAAUCGCUCAGCUCAAAGUCAACAUAGCAGUCUCAGAUGCAACGGAGGCAUGGACACGGGCUCGUCAGUAUGUCGCUGAGCUAGAGAGUGGCUCGAUUGCCUGUGAUGUUGAUCGGAUGGACCAAGAUCAGCCAGUAACCAGCAAACGAAAGGCCCUGCCCGACAACACUGGGGUAUGUCCAAUUUGUUCCGCGGUUCUGCCACUUGAAGAACUACAAAGCACACACGUUGAUACAUGCUUGCGGCGGCAGGAGCGAGUAAAAGAGCCUGCCGUGCCCCGCAAAAAGAUUACCAUGCCCAACUACGCUCUACUGAGCGAGGCCAAACUUAAAAAAACCCUUCUGGACGCCGGACUAUCGACAAAAGGCAACAAACAACGAUUACAAUCGAGAGUCGUUCAAUCCAAAGGCUAA